AUGAAAUCCGUGACUGCAUUCGCCACUUUGCUCGCUCUGCUGCCUAACGCUCUCGGCCAAUUGACCAUCAAUACUCCUACGAGCAUCGUUCAAUGCGAGCCUGUUCAGAUCACCUGGCAGGAAGGUACCUCCCCGUUCUCUGUUGAAGUCAUCCCUGGCGGUCAGCCCACCGAUAGUCCGAUCAUCGAGUUUCCAGCGACCACCGAUCACUCGCUCACUUGGGACGUGAAUGUUUCUGCCGGAACGUUCAUUUCGCUCAAAGUUGAGGAUGCGGCCGGUACGACUGCUUUCUCGUCUGCGGUCACAGUCGGUACCAGCGAUGACAUUAGCUGCAUCAAUUAG